AUGGCUACCUUACAUGAGGCCCUCCAAUGCCUCAAACCAACGUCAUGGGAUGAAGUCCCCCAGAACCCCGACGAGCUCCGAGACUACAUGCACGAGAUCUUCAAAAAGAGCCGCCUGGUAGCGGAGUCACUUCCAGACCCCCCAAUCUCCGAUAACGAUGACUACCCCGGGUUAGACAGUACGACAAAUUCCUCCGCCCGACGAAUUGUCCCAUCAUCCGUACGAGUGGGAGAAACCGAUCCGGAGAUUACAGACCUGCAAAAAGAAUGGGGGAAGCCACUCAAGAUGGGUGGACCAAGGGACAAUCCAUUAGACGUGACUGUGUGGAAACUUCCCGCUAAUGACGGCGGGAGCUCAUGGUUCGGGCGAAGGAGUGUGCAUGAGGGCCUCUCAUUCUCACACUGGCGGAAGAAGCUCUCAACCGAGUACGAUGAAACGCUCAAAGUAAAUCGCAAAAAGAUUGAGAAGGGACAGACGCCUGACAAGUGCAUCCGCGGGAUCGGCGCUGAAGAAAAAAUCGAGAACAUUGAGGUCAAGGACCACGAUGGUUCGAUCUUGGGGGAUUUAAUAGUUUACCAUGUCUCGGCGCAGUUUCCCAGACCUACUGCCCCCCGCGACUUUGUGCCGUUAAUUAUCAAUUCCGAUUCUGGAUUGCAAGCUGGCGGAACUAAGCAGCCUGGUCGCAGCUGGAUGAUGAUUUCUAAGCCGUGUGACCACCCCGAUGUCCGGCAUAAGCAGGGGUAUACUCGCGGACAGUAUGAGUCUAUCGAGCUUAUCCGGGAGAUUCCUAAGAAGGGCUACAGGAGCAGCUCUUCUAGUCAGGAGAGUGAGAAGAAUAGGGAAUCCCCAUCGUCCAGUCUGCAACGGUCUGAGGGACUACCUGAGCAGGAUGGAGCUAGGGAUGACGAAGACGAAGAAUUGAAUCCUGUUGAAUGGAUCAUGGUCACCAGGAGUGACCCGGGCGGUAACAUCCCGCGAUGGAUGGUGGACAAGGGAACACCACGAAGCGUGGGAAUGGACGCCGCUAAAUUUGUUAAUUGGGCUCUUCAAGAUGACAAGCCUCCCAAGCAAGAAAAUGGCGCAGGUACGGAAGCUGAAGAUACUUUAGCAGGCGCCAAGGCAAAAUCCGGAGAGUCUGUAGAUGAAUACGACUCCGACCAGGCAGACGACUCGGAUUCGGAUUACGAAUCACUCGACAGCGACGGCGAGCAUUCGCAUCAUGGUCUAAUUGCCAGUGUCACUAAUUUGCUCAGUACUGGACUGGAACGGUUCGCACCACAAGUUCUAGGCUAUGGCGCCCACACUACAGUAUCGGGUGAUCUCCCGGCCGGGGAUGAGGUUUCCUACAUCGAUGGAGAUGGCAUAGCACAUCUAAACCCAAAAAGCGUUCAACAAAAUAAAGCAGCGUUGGACCCUGAAUCUUCAAGACCACCCGAGCAUGACCAUUUUUCGCUCUCCUCGGCCAAUUCCGAGCAAGCAGCAACUGCCAUCGACGAGGCACCCAACAACAUGUCACCGGAGGAACUGAUCGAAAUGACAAAGGAUGGCAAGCCCACUUCCCACGAGAAAGAGCUUGCAAAACUAGCUAUCCGCAAACGCGAAGUCGAAAUCAAGCUGGACGAAAUCCGCGCCGAACUCGACAAGUUUCAAAUCUCAUCGCAACCGCCUAGUGUCUCAGGGACCCCAGUAAAAGGCACCAGCGAGGUAGACAGCGACACCAACGGAAUGCGCAAACGCGCAGCGACGAAUAGGUCUUCCAGGCCUGCCAGCACUCGCGCACAGCAGAGCCAGAGUCAACCGCAGGGCGCGCUCAGCAAUGAAGACCUGUCAUCUUCUGCGCAGACGGCAACCCCCGACCCGCCAUCACUUCUCCCCAAAGCUGCCUCUCAAUUCCUCAAUGGGGAAUCUAAGCUGCUUAAGCAGCUACGCAAGAUCGAGGCUAGCCAACUAAAGAUUGCGUCGAAGAUCCAAGCGAAGCAGAGAAAGGAUGAGGAGCGCUCGCAGAAGUCCAAGUCCAAGAACAAGUCUGAAGUUGAUAGCUUGAAGCAGGAGGUACAUGAUCUCAAAAAGGAAGUCAAGCAGCUUCGCUCUGAACGCAAGAAAUGGGUCGAUCUUGUUUCUUCGUUGCAGGCGGAGAAUACAAGGUUGGCGGCGAAGUCGGAGGAUGCUUAA